AUGCCUCCUAAAUUUCAACAUCGUGCAAGAAAUGAUGUGUUCCAAGCUAUAUUGCAGCUCGAAGCUGCAUAUCUAGAAAUUCAUGAUCCCAGUCAAGAAAACUACACUCAUAGUGAACAAAGAGUUUUUACAAGUGCAUAUGUUAAUACCCAUAUUCAGCAGCCCCAUUACUCGUCAACACCUCUUCCAUCACCAAGUUCCAGUCACAGUAGCCAGCAUAUUGAGAAUCAACAUUGUAAUAAUCCUCUAGCUCCUAUUCCCAACAACUCUUUUUAUGCUCAAAUGAUUACAACUCUAGAAGCACCAGUAAUUAUUCAUCUACUACACUCACCCCCACGUUGUCUGCUGAGAUAUCUCCCCAAACCGUUGUUACUGGUAAUAUUCGUAAUUUUGUGGAAAAUUGUAGAGUAUAGAAUUAUGAUUGUUUAA